GGUGUUCGUGUGAACCUGCGCCUGCGCUGCUGGCCGCAGGUUUGCUGUCAACAGGGUCUCGUGGAGGGCCCCGGGCGGGCAGCUCUAAGCAAAUAACCUGGAAAUGGUGGAGCCAGAGGGGGCCGAUCUCCCGGGGGUUCCCCCCUUUUCUGUGCCAAAGCAGGCACCAAAGCGUCAGGGCUGGAUGGAGCGCUCGGCCCUCUGCCUGACCGUGACCCGCGCGGCGGCCUCCAGCUUCCGUGGGAAUCCUCCCGGCCCGGCGAAAGCAACAGAGCAGCCAGUGGAUGGGCAACCGCCGCCCGCCGCUCUUCCUUCCUGCCGCCCGGGGGUCUUUGGGCCCCGAAUCGAGUCGAGCCCCGUCGGCGCAGCGUCACAGCCAGACCACUCGGCGGCGUUGCCUGGCGCGGAGCGUGCGGCGAGGCAACCGCUUCUCCCCGCGGCUCGGAGGUGAGACAAGGCCCCUCGGCCUGGGGGCCUGCGCGGGACCCGUCCUCGCAACGGCGGGCGGAGGGUCCGGCCUCCUCCGCGGCGUCGCACUUGCUGCCUGGCCCUCGCGACGAGGCGCAUUCCUAAAGCCUGAGUCACUCCCGGCCCGCCUUCCGUGCCGGGCCGCCCUUCGGUCUCCAGGCCGGGCCGCGCCGACGCCGGCCCCCUCGCUGAAUGGCCGCCCGGCCAGCACUCGCUCGGCUCGGCGCGCUCCCUGGGAGCGGCAGACUGCUCCAGUCCCACGGUGGCCGGCCAGCUGAAGCAGGAAGAUGUCUGAGGGGCGCCGUGACAGCACAAGCAGCUUGCAGAGGAAGAAGCCGCCGUGGCUGAAGCUGGACAUCCCCGUCCCAAUGUCGGUGGCUGAGGAGCCGCCCUUGGCGCAGCCCUUGAAGCGCCAGACUUUCCUCAGGAGCGUCAGCGUGCCUGUCGAGAAUACCCACUUCCCUUCUCCCUACAACGAGCUGCGGCGGCCGGCCCUCCAGCGACACAUGUCAAUCACCCAGACCAUCCGGAGGCAGGUCCGUUUUGAGAGGACUCAGACCUUGCCCAUUCAGGGGCGCCAGAUGGGCAGGAGGCUCCUGAGAAGGCGCCAGUCACUGCCCAGAACGUUGUUCAGGGGCACUGCAGACUGGUUUGGAGUCAGCAAGGAGAGUGAUGCCACCCAGAAAUGGCAACGGAAGAGCCUCCGGCACUGCAGCCUGCGCUAUGGGAAGCUGAAGCCUCAGGUCAUGCGCGAAAUGGACCUCCCAAGCCAGGACAACAUUUCUCUGGCCAGCACUGAGACCCCCCCACCGCUCUAUGUGCCUCCUGGUCAGCUGGGCAUGCAGCGGAUCAUUGACCCUCUGGCACGGGGACGAGCCUUUCGGAUGGCCGAGGACGGUGACGGCCACAGCAUGCCUCACACCCCGGUCACGCCUGGGGCGACAUCCUUAUGCUCCUUCAGCAGCUCACGCUCCGGCUUCAACCGCUGGCCACGACGGCGGAAAAGGGAAUCUGUGGCCAAGAUGAGUUUCCGAGCGGCAGCAGCGCUGGUGAAGGGUCGGUCUGUGAAAGAUGGCAGCCUGCGGAGGGCCCAGCAGCGCAGCUUCACGCCAGCCAGUUUCCUGGAGGAAGACACAGUGGAUUUCCCAGAGGAGCUGGAUACCUCCUUCUUUGCUCGGGAAGGAGUCCUGCAUGAAGAGCUUUCGACGUACCCCGAUGAAGUCUUUGAAUCGCCCUCGGAAAGUGCCGUGAGGGAGAUGGAAGCAAAGCUGCAGCAGCCGCAGCCAGCCCUCACCGGAGGGGCCUUGGACCGAAGCGAGCUGGAGAGGAGCCACCUGAUGCUCCCUCUGGAGCGUGGCUGGCGGAAGCAGAAGGAGGGGGCAGUGGCACAGCCCAGGGUGCGCCUGCGGCAGGAGGUUGUGAGCAUGGGCCUGCAGCGGCGGGGCCAGCGCAUCAAGGUGCCUGUGCGGAAGCUCUUUGCCAAAGAGAAGCGUCCCUACGGGUUGGGCAUGGUGGGCCGCCUGACCAAUCGGACGUAUCGCAAGCGCAUUGACAGCUUUGUGAAGCAGCAGAUUGAGGACAUGGACGACCACCGGCCUUUCUUCACUUACUGGGUUACCUUUGUGCAUUCGCUGAUCACCAUCCUGGCUGUGUCGAUCUAUGGGAUCGCCCCCGUGGGCUUUUCACAGCACGAGACGGUGGAUUCGGUCUUGAGAAACCGUGGGGUGUAUGAGAAUGUGAAGUAUGUACAGCAGGAGAACUUCUGGAUUGGCCCCAGUUCGGAAGCCCUCAUUCACCUGGGUGCAAAGUUUGCCCCUUGCAUGCGCCAGGACCAGCAGGUGCACAGCUUCAUCAGCGCUGCCCGCGAGAAGGAAAAGCACUCGGCCUGCUGCGUGCGCAACGACAAGUCUGGCUGCGUGCAGACGGCUGCAGAGGAGUGCUCGUCCACCCUGGCCGUCUGGGUGAAAUGGCCACUUCAUCCCAGCGCCCCCCUGCUGGCAGGAAACAAGCGGCAGUUUGGCUCGGUGUGUCAUCAAGACCCCAGGGUCUGUGAGCAGCCAGCCUCCAUGGAUCCUCAUGAGUGGCCCGAUGACAUCACCAAGUGGCCGAUCUGCACCAAGAACAGCGCCGGCAAUUACACCAACCACCCCCACAUGGACUGUGUGAUCACGGGCCGUCCCUGCUGCAUUGGCACCAAGGGAAGGUGUGAGAUCACGUCACGAGAAUACUGCACGUUCAUGCACGGCUACUUCCACGAGGAGGCCACCCUCUGCUCCCAGGUGCACUGCAUGGAUGAUGUCUGUGGGCUGCUCCCCUUCCUCAACCCAGAGGUCCCAGAUCAGGUGUACCGCCUGUGGCUGUCGCUCUUCCUUCACGCAGGGAUCCUGCACUGCUUGGUUUCAGUGUGUUUCCAGAUGACCAUCUUGCGAGACCUGGAGAAGCUGGCUGGCUGGCAUCGCAUCGCCAUCAUCUACCUGCUGAGUGGCAUCUCGGGCAACCUGGCCAGCGCCAUUUUCCUGCCUUACAGGGCUGAGGUGGGCCCAGCGGGGUCCCAGUUCGGCAUCCUGGCGUGCCUCUUUGUUGAGCUCUUCCAGAGUUGGCAGAUCCUGGCCCGGCCCUGGAGGGCCUUCUUCAAGCUCCUGGCGGUGGUGCUCUUCCUUUUUGCCUUUGGCCUCCUGCCCUGGAUCGACAACUUUGCCCACAUCUGCGGCUUCAUCAGUGGCCUCUUCUUGUCCUUUGCCUUCCUGCCGUACAUCAGCUUUGGCAAGUUUGAUCUGUAUCGGAAACGGUGCCAGAUCAUCGUCUUCCAGCUGGUCUUUGUAGGGCUCCUCUCUGGCUUAGUCGUUUUGUUCUACUUCUACCCCAUCCGCUGUGAGUGGUGCGAAUUCCUCACUUGCAUCCCCUUCACGGACAAGUUCUGUGAGAAGUAUGACCUAGACACACAGCUGCACUGAGCAGGGGGCUCGCAGGGACACCCCCCCCCCGCUGUGCAGUGAAUUUAAACUCCUGCUUGCACCCAUGCUGCCUUAAGCCCAGAGGGACUGGAACCUUUGCUGCAAACGGACCGUCUGUGCCUUGUUCAAUUUUACUGAACCUUUUCUGCUGCCAUGUUUUGAUGAUGCUGGUUCCAAAAUGGCCUUUUUAACAGGAUUUGUUACUUGUUGCCCAGGUGGCGAUUAAACACACAGGUAGCGUUUUAGCUACAUUUC